CUGAACCGCUGGUUCCUUACAGCCACUACCAGGACUUCCUGCUCUGUGGCCAAAAGCUGUCAAGUGACCGCACACUGGGUUUGAGGGAGUUAAGAAUUCUUCUUCAUGAGUUACCAGUUGCAAACUUCAACCUGCUCAACUUUAUCUGCCAGUUUCUGACUGAGGUCCACAGUUACUCCUGCACCAACAAGAUGAGUGUCCAGAAUUUGGCCACCGUGUUUGGACCAAACAUCCUCCGAGCCAAAGCUGAAGACCCACAAAGCAUCGUGGGAGGUGCAGCGCUGGUCCAGGUGUUAAUGUUAGAGCUGAUCACAGAACACGAGUCUCUGUUUGCAAAAAUUUCUCCACCCAUCUAUGCCCGCCCAACUAGAAGUUCACAUGGAUCUCCAAGCGCUCUGAAGCAGCCUCAUCUCCACCCGUUUCCCUGCCCUCGCCAGCUGUCUUUGCCUCUCAUAGCAGAGCGUUUCAGGGAGACGGGACAGCCUGCUGCAGACGCAGAGAGCUCCAGCUGUGCCUUCUCAGCUGCUGCCAAAUCAGACUUGUCUUCCGGUCCGAAAAGACAUCUCGGACAUCGCUACACCUCCUCCCACCCGGGGAACUGUUUCUACCCCACAUCCUCCUCCAGUCAGCCCACUCAGCACCACUCUGACAGACAUAAUGUCGACUGUCACCAACAUAACACUCACCAAAUAGCACCCAGUGCAAAUGUUCAAGCCUCUGAAACCAGCUUCCAGGUGCCAGAAAAUUCUAAGCCCAGACCAGAGCGCAUGGGCUGGACCAAAGUUUGGCCAGGCCCAGGAGAGGCCAGCUCUGCUUUCUGGAGCUCUGCUGGUGCUGAGGAAGAGGGUGCAGUGCCAGAAACAGCCAGUGGGGGCAGCAGUGAGGGUCAGGAGGAGAGCACCCCUUCCGCCUAUGACAAUCUGAGCAAAGUGUCUCUACACCCACCGAUGAUGGAUGUCACUGAUGGACAUUUGAAAAUGAACUCUUCCGGAGGCCACAUUGGAACUGGUGAAGAUGAGGCAGAGCUUGAAGAAGUGGAGCACACGAGGGAUUCCUCUUCAUGGUCUUCCUGCGAGGUUUUACCAUUGGAUGAAAGCAGUGAUGAUGUCGGUGUAGUUAGUCCAGUCAGAAAUGGAGGGUUGCCUUCAAAUCAGGAAGCAGAGAAGGAAAACAGUGACAAAGACGAUCAUGAAGAUGGCAACGAGGAUGAUGAUGAAAACAGUGAUAACGACCAUGACGACCACACCCACCACCCAAACUCUCCAGCCUCGGGUUCAGUACGCAGUGGCAGCCCUCUUAGUACAGGCAGCUCAGAUGUCUUCCUUCCCUCAGGUUCUCCUGAUCUCCAGGGGGCUGAAGAUCAUCUACAACCCAGGGACACCCACUCACUCCUGGAUGAGCUGCGGCAAAGGAUGGCCCAGCAGAAGUCUGAGUACCAGACCAGGAUACAGAGGUUGGAGCGCUGCAAUGACGUCCUUGAGAGGCAGGUUGCAGUCCUGCGGGCCAGCCUGGAGCAGCAGAAGCGCAGCCAAAGUGUUGCUGAAAUCAAGAUUCGCAAGAUGGAGCGAGCCAAAGCAGACGCCGACCGCCGAAACACCAAACUGCAGAGAGACAUGGAGCUGUUUUUCCAGAUGUAUGGAGAUAUCAGGAGAAGUGAAGAAGACAAAAAAGGGAGAGUAGGAGGGAGUAUCUGAAGAUGUGUAUUGACAGAUCUGGAUAAGCCUGCAAUGGAGGGCACUAAACAGUGUGAAAGGAGGAGGGAGAGAAAGACGCUCUCAGCAUGGACGUCGACCUUCUCCAAGUUGAAAACGUCACAGAUGACCCACACAUCUGAGAUGCUUGGAUUACGAUGUGUUAU